UUAGGCGUUGGUCUGCUAUACUAUGGUCAAAAUUACCUGAUAUACCCCUCAGCAUUCCCGCCUGGAUCUCGGACAGAGGUGCCCGUGCCAACCGACUUUGGUAUCCCGUACCAACCCUUAGAUUUGACAACCGACGACAACGUGCGGCUGCGGUGCUAUCUACUCCCUCAGAGACAAGAUUUGUCAGCUACGAACCCCGAGGCUGCUGUCUUGCCCACGGAGUAUGAGAACGAUGAUGAGGUUUGGUGUUCCACGUAUCCCGUGGCUUGUGCUAACUUUGAACUUUUGCAGUUCAUUGCCAGUCGUCCGACAGUCAUCAUGUUUCAUGGAAAUGGUGGGAAUCACGGCCACCGAAUCCCACUAGCGAAAGUGUUUUUCAUAAAGAUGAGGUGCAAUGUGUUGAUGCUCUCGUAUCGAGGGUAUGGGUUGUCGGAUGGCUCGCCGUCAGAGAAGGGUUUGCAAAUAGAUGCACAGACGGCGCUGAACUAUGUUCUCUCCGAUCCAAACUUUUCGAGAUCACCAUUAAUCCUCUAUGGUCAAUCGAUUGGAGGCGCCGUAGCCAUUGACCUUGCAAGUCGGAACCCAACCAAAAUCAGCGCGCUCAUCAUUGAAAAUACGUUCACCUCCCUGCCAAAUGUGAUACCACAUGCCCUCCCUCUACUGGGGCGCGUGUCCUUCCUCUGCCACCAAAAAUGGGACUCGGCGUCCAAGAUCCCUUUAAUCCCAGCUACCACUCCCAUUCUCAUGUUGAGCGGGGCGAAAGAUGAAAUAGUGCCCAAGGACCAUAUGAGGGCUUUGUGGGAAGCGACGGGGUUGGAGAGGGCAAAGUUUAUGGAGUUUGAGGACGGAACGCAUAACGAUACCUGUGUGCAGACUGGUUAUUGGACUGCAGUGGCUGACUUUGUGGCUAGCCUUGCUCGGGAUGAGGGGCUCGAGAAAGAAACGUCGAGUUCACCACAACGACGUCAUUCCCCUUCACGGCUAUAG